CAAAUCAAACAGAGAUCAGUGCUGUAAAUGCAAAGUAGAAAAACCUACGCUUCACAUUAAGCAAGCCUACUAUUGUCGAUCAUGUUUCAUGUAUCAAUAUGUAGGAAAGUAUAGAUCUAUCCUUAUCCGACUAAGGCAUGGCAGUAGAAAGAAGGGCAAAGUACUUUUAGCUUGCUCCGGUGGACCAUCAUCUAUAUCCCUUGUCGACUUGACCAAGAACAUUAUGCACACUCUACCAAACGAAAAGAAAAAGAUCCAAGUCGUACCUGAAGCAGUCAUCUGUCACAUCGAUGAAAGCUCCUUGUUUGACUCGAUGAGCGGUUCUGCAGAGACAUUACGUGCACGUAUGAAGGAGCAUUACCCCAAUUUUGAAUUUAUAUGUCAUCCGAUCGAAGACGUCUUUAGUCCUCAGUUUGUAAAGAGUGUCAAUUUUGAUAAAUACCUCAACUCGGAAGGAACAGAGAAUGGCAACUAUGAACAUUGGGCUGAAUAUGCAUACAAGACACCUUCAGUCGACCACAAAGAACAACUUCAAUCAUUAUUCAAUAGCAUCAAAAAGACUACGGCCAAAGAAGAUUUACUGUGGCACAUGAAGAUGCAGAUGCUUGUCACUGUUGCUCAGCGUGAGGGUUGCACCUAUAUCUUCUUUGCGGAUUCAGCUACAAGACAGGCCAUCAAGAUGAUCUCUUGGACAGCCAAGGGUCGAGGCUACAGCUUACCUCUAGACAUCAGUGUUGAUAAUGAGCAGACAUUUGGUGUGGGUAUUAUACGACCUAUGAAAGAUAUGCUGUCGAAGGAGGUUGGAUUCUACAAUUACUUUUCGGGUAUUGACAAGCUCGUCAUUCCUCCCUACAACUUUGGUACCAUGAUGCCUGCCAAGAGCUCAAUUGAUCGAUUGACAGAAGACUUUAUAAAUGGAUUAGAACGAGAUUUCCCAUCGACGGUCAGUACAGUCUGUCGAACGGUCGGCAAGUUGACGCCUUCGAAAGAUAUGGACUACAAGCAAACCUGUGCUAUGUGUUUGAUGCCACGGCAAACAGGAAUUGGGGAAUGGAGAAAGCACAUUACAGUGACAGAAGUGCCUGGUGCAGAUACAAAGCCUUCUGAUGAUGGGUGCUGUGGUAAUAAUCAAUCAUGCUCAACGACAAAUGGCUGCAAGGGUAAUAAAGUAGAUAUCAAUCAGCAUCUAUGUUACAGCUGUCAAGUCAACUUUAAGGACUACAAUGCGACAACAAUUCAGCUACUACCACCCUAUGUCGUAGAAAAUACACAAGAACAAAGUCGAGACGAACGAUUACUGAAUGAAAUUAAAGAUUUUUUAAUUAAUGAUGAUGAAUAAAACAAAGAAAUUCUAAGUACACGAAAGAAGCGG